UAAAUGAGAAUAAAAGUCGAAACAUGAAACUUUAAUAGGUUCUAUCAGUGCCCUGAUAAAGUGAAAUUUGAACAUACCUUGACGGAAAAAAUGAAUUAAUUAUAAAGCCAAUUAGAUAUUUUUCAAUAACUUACUUGUUUUGCCAGCUUAAUGAUAUAUUUAUAUAUAAUUCAUUUGUCCCGGUCAAUGCAAGCGUCCUCAUUGGCAAACGUUUACCAUUUGAACGUUUUUACAAAAACAUCCUCUUAUAUUGAAAGCUAGCUUACCUUGUAGCUGAUUGAAUACUAUUGCUGGCUUGACGCAGCCUCUCUCGCGAUCCCACAUAAGACAGCAAAGUUGAAUUCACCAAAGUUCAAUCGAAGUUGCUCCUUGCUUAGCUUGAUUGUCUCCAAAAAGCAUCUUAGAUUUCGGCUGUUGGACUCUGCGCCUGCAAGCAUCCCUGUACUGCGAUCACCAACAUGGGGGAGAGUUUACCACAUGGGGCCAAUGCCAUCUAGUGGAGUUGCAACAUCUUUACUUGUUUGCAAACCAAAGGCAACAUGUUUAGGCUAGUUAAAAUACUUUUACUAGUACUUGCUAUUAACUACUUAACAGUUACAGGUCAAUUCAUCUCCAAACUAUGUUCACACAUUGUAUUAUAUAUCUUGCUCAUAAAAUGUAAGAAUGCAGGACUUUGUUUGCAAUAGGAUAUUAUUUCAUUGUGUAUUACUGCUUGCUAACGACUGGACUACACUACCCAGCAGCAUUUAGCGUUAAAGCAGUUAGUCCCCUCUCCACAAGCUAGCUACAAUAUCAACUAUAGCUUUAAAAUAUGUGUGCCUUAUAAAUAAUGAUCAUAAUCAUCCUGACGGCUUAACAUCGACGGGUUAUUUCUUGUUGUAUACCACUUUUAUUUUUCGAUAAGAUUUCUCUUCCACCGCUGAACCAUCGUCGCUCAACAAAACUGCAUUUCCCGUGAUGCUUCACGGCGAAGCGGUGGUAACAGCAACGGAAGUGGCGCGCGACUGUUGAAAAACUGACACACAACGAACCGAAGAGGAGAUUUUGAUGCUCUUCAACGUUGUCAGACUCAGACUCAACUUUGUGGAACUAAAAGUGGCUUCCUAGCGUGUAACCAGAUGUCGUUUGUGAGAGGUGGACGUCCACAACAACACAAAGUUAAACGGCCCGUUCGACCCAAGAAAGCAGCAGCAGCUCCCAAAAGAGAUUGGGUGAGCACUGUCAAUGACCUGUCUGUGCACAGGGCGUCGCCUGCGGAGCUGAACCAUCGGCAUGAGAUUCACAAGUCCCACAACAGGGCGGCGGCUCAGUGGGAGCUGAGAGAAAAAGAUCUGCAGCGCCGUUUCAGACACGCCGGGAGCCCCGCUCCUCUGGACGACGCCAGCCUCAGCAUCAUCAGGGAGGUGUUCUCUGAUCAGCUGUUGCUUCAGGAUGUGCUGGCUCGCUCUGACAGAGCCAUGGCUGUUGUCAAAGACUUGUUUGGAGAUGCUCCACGCAGGCAGACUGGGCACCCCAGUGUGACAAUGGCACCAAACUGUGACUCUGACUCAGGGCUGCCGGUGCUACAAAGACCUGAUCCUCCAACGCAACUGUCUCUGCUCAGCCAGUCUCUGAUGGACCCACAGGCUCUUAAUGAGAUUGAAGCUUCAGAGGAAGACUACAGUGAUGAAGAUACUUGUCCUACUGGCAGUUCAGACUAUGACGUAAUCCGCAGGGCCAAUGUUAAAAAAAUGAAGGCCCAGUCUCGAGGUAGGGUGGUACAGCGACAGAAAGUCAAUGGUGCCAACUCCAAGCAGGCAGGCAGGGAUAACCAUCCUGUAACCCCCUGCACAUCAGGCAGAGCAUCGGCUCAAGCAGCUCUGAACGCCACAAUGGCGGUUCAGCGUGUUCGCUCCAGACAAAGCCAGUCCGAGGAAGCCAUGGAGGAACCAGCGGUCCUGGUUUCUCAAGUCCUAAACCCUGACGUUCCUCUUAACCAGUCAGGCAGAGUCAGUAGUCAAACCAUGAGGGGCAGGAAUGGGGUUUCCCAGAGGUCAGCGCUGGAUGGCUCAUCGGUUGCCUCUCUCAGUGGGGACCAGUCCAGCCUGGGCCUGUUGCAGACCAUGCUGGGUCAGGUGGAGGCCGACUUGGAUACUCUGAUUCCUGCCACUGAACCAGCUUCAGCGCAGAGUCAGAAGAAGGAUAAAGCUCAAGGCCUCACAGGGUUCUCUGUUGCGUUGGUCUCCACUCUGGGGCGUUUAGUGCACCUGCUCAAACAGAGGGAAGAAAAAGCACAGGAGGAGGCUCGAGAGAGGAGGAUCCUGGAGGAGGUGUCAAGGGAGCAGCGCGGGCUGAUCGACGCGCUCACCGCUGAGACGAUGACUCUGAGGGAAGAGGCCGCCGCCCUGCAGUCCGGGCUGCAGCAGCGGACGACAGAGCUGGAGCAGAAGUUGGACACGGUGGUGUUGUUGAUGGGGGGACUCGGACUCCUGGAGGCGCCCGUUGACCCGCCCCGUGACUCUGAUUCCCGAGCUGCAGUUUGUCAGUCUGCACCAGUUGAUCAGCGACAUUCUGAACGAGUGCGAGUGUCGGCUUCUCCAGCUGUCUUGCUCUCCCCUCCUCGCCAGACAGACAACUGGCAACAAACUCCCGCGACUCAUCCAGUACAGCUUCACCGGGAUCCUCCUGGAGACAUCCUACGCUCCCGUGAGGACGUCCACUCCCACAGCUCUGCCUCUAGCCUAACCAGCCUUCCUCUCUCCAGCCUCCCCUCUUCUUCUUCAUCAUUAUCCCCAACCUCCGACCCUCUCGGCUCACAGCUCUCCCCGGGGGUCAUGCUGGCGGAGAUCGCUCAGCUGACCAGACAGAACAACCUGAUCAGGGCCCAGUUUAGCCGGGCUAAGAGCCGCGGGUCGGAGGUCGCGGAACCGUCUCGGGGUAGCAACGAGCAGAGGAGGAACAGCGCGGGGAGAGUCACACCCCAAAAUGUUGGAGAGGGGAGGAUGUCGGCAUCCAGCAGCACAGGGAGAAGGAGUCGGAGCGUCCAGGCUGCUGAAGGAGAGCAGGUGACAAACCAGGCAACUUCACCCGACAGCCUCCACAUGAGCAGUGUGGAACAGCGCCUCCUGGAGCUAAACAGACAAAGUGCAGCGGCGAGGGGUCGCCUGCUGGAGCUUAUUGAGCAGCAGAAGCAAAGUACCGUAGCUUCUACCUCUAGUUCCCCCAUCCCUCCCUCCGCUUUCAGCCCCCAUUCAGCAGGGGGGAGUCCUGAGGCAUCUCUGCUGCUGCCUGAAGAGGAGCGGCUGUCACAGACAAGGAGACGAUCUGCUGGUUCUGAAGUGUCUUCUAACAGUCUUGGUGGAGAAAUGAGAGAUGGCAAAACACGGCAGAUGGAGAAGCGGAGAGAGAGAGAUGGGUGGUUUGCCUUGUCUGCUCAUGUGAGGUGACAGGACGAACAAUUAUUCAACCCAAUUUACUAAUAUUUUAUCCAAACAUGCAUUUUAAAUGACUCAAUUAAACUUGUUUUAAAUUAACUUUGUUUCUGUUCUCACUGUUUCUUAACACAC